CCCACCUCUCUCUCUCUCUCUCUCUCUCUCUCUCUCUCUCUCUCUCUCUCUCAUAUACAUGGUUGAGAAAGUUGAUGGUGAAAAGAGAAAGUUUCAACCAGGAAUUCUUUCUUCAAAACUGUCAUAAGUCUCUGUCUUUUUAACUUCACACUUUCACUUCAAUUAUCAUAUAUCCUUUUUUUUUUCUUCUUCAAAGAAAACCAUCGAUGGAGAAAGCUUUUGUUUGAGUGUGAAUUGACGAUUUUAGCCUCCAAUUAUCAACUAGUUAAAUAUUAUGGCUGAGAAAAACGAUGGAUGUCCAUGUGGAAAUCCAACAAGAUUUCCCAUUUCCAUUUUCUUUAAAGAUGCGAGGUCAGCAUUAAAAAUGGAUGAACUUGGCGUAGAAAUAGCUAAAAUCGCCUUACCAGCAGCACUUGCUUUGACAGCCGAUCCUAUUGCCUCUCUUGUGGACACAGCCUUCAUUGGUCAAAUUGGUGCAACUGAACUAGCUGCGGUGGGAGUUUCGAUAGCUGUUUUCAACCAAGUGUCAAGAAUCGCAAUUUUUCCUCUAGUAAGCAUUACGACAUCUUUUGUGGCUGAGGAAGACACAAUCAUGAACUCAAGUCAUCAAAUGCAAGGGCCCACUACAAAUAGUGAAAACAAAAAGUUGCUCGAACUACAAAACAUAAAGUCUGAGUCACUAGAUGAGGAGUCGAUAGUUACAAGCUACGAGAAAAAACGGAUCCCGUCAGCUUCAUCUGCUAUAAUCAUCGGGGUCGUUUUAGGGUUUUUGCAAGCUGUGUUUCUAAUAACCGCAUCGAAACCCAUUUUGGGCAUAAUGGGGAUCAAAUCGGACUCUCCUAUGUUGUAUCCCGCACAACAAUACUUAAAGUUAAGGUCGCUUGGUGCUCCUGCGGUUCUACUUUCGUUAGCGAUGCAAGGAGUCUUUCGUGGAUUCAAAGACACAAAAACUCCUUUGUAUGCAACCGUGGCAGGAGAUGUGACAAAUAUUAUUCUAGACCCAAUAUUUAUUUUUGUUUUUGGUCUUGGCGUUAGCGGUGCGGCCAUUGCUCAUGUUAUAUCUCAGUAUCUAAUUUCAAUAAUUCUCUUUUGGCGAUUAAUAGAAAAGAUUGAUAUCGUACCACCUAAUUCUAAGCAUCUCCAGUUUGGCCGAUUUCUCAAAAACGGUUUUUUGCUGUUAAUGAGAGUGACGGCUGUAACAUUCUGUGUAACAUUAGCUGCAUCAAUGGCUGCAAGACAAGGGUCAACAACAAUGGCUGCGUUUCAAGUUUGCUUGCAAGUUUGGCUUGCAACUUCACUUCUAGCCGAUGGUUUGGCUGUUGCAGGACAGGCUAUAAUUGCAAGCGCAUUUGCAAAAAUGGACUACGAAAAGGUUACUGCAAUUGCUUCAAGAGUAUUGCAGUUAGGUGUAGUUCUUGGGGUUGCUUUGUCUAUUCUUUUAGGGUUCGGAUUACACUUUGGAGCAAGAUUGUUUACAAAAGAAUCUGGUGUCCUACAUCUCAUUAGCAUCGGAAUCCCGUUUGUUGCGGGAACUCAACCAAUCAACGCAUUGGCCUUUGUUUUCGAUGGUGUCAACUUUGGAGCAUCUGAUUUUGCAUAUGCAGCAUAUUCUAUGGUUCUGGUUGCUAUAAUUAGCAUUAUAUCAUUAUUUGUCGCCUCAAGCCACGGGUUCAUCGGUCUAUGGGUUGCUCUGACUUUAUAUAUGAGUAUGAGAGCAUUCGCUGGUUUUUGGAGGAUAGGGACAGGAACCGGGCCCUGGUGCUUUCUAAAGGGAAUUACCUAGAUUUAGUUCAUUCAGUCAAAAAAAAGAAAAGAAACAUGUCUUUGUUUAUUAAGCACUUCAUAAAGAUGAUAUGUGAAAUUUAUCCAAGUAUAUGAAAUGCAAAACCAUAGCAAAAACAUGCUAGAAUUCUCCAAGUUACAUAAUGUGACAUAUCAAAAUUUUAAAAGUACAAAUUCAAACUUGAAAUAUAAUUCGGCCUCAUGCCAUGUAUGAUGUAUAACAUCUUAACCUACACAACCCUCCAACAAACACAAAAAUUAUUUGCAAGGCUAAAGAAUCCUGAGCAAAAAUCUUGAAAACUAGAUUUGGAUUUGGUUAAAAUCCUAGUAGCAAAAGAAAAACGCACAGGAGAAGUCAGAAAGUUGUGAGUUUUGUGAUCAAACUGGUACCUUUUUUUUAACUACCAUAAGCCGAUGAACUUCCACCAGACACCUCCAACACCAAGCCAGAUGAUGAUGUUGACCACAGAGAUAAGGAACCCAUAGCCCCACCAUUUUGCAAGAGGGACAUAGUUUGCUCCAUAGAAAACUGGAGCUGAUCCGAUUCCAUAAUGGGUCAACCCGCCCAUGAGGUUGGAAAGAAAUGCUAACACCAUUGCUGCAAACAGAGGUGGUGUCCCAAGGGCAGUGGCAACUGACAAGAAGGCGGUGAACAUGGCACCAAUGUGAGCAGCUCCACUAGCGAAAAAGUAAUGGGAGUAGAAGUAUAGAAGAACUAAAAUCCCAAAAGAUGCUUGCCAUUGAAGACCUAGUCCACCUACAAACUUGACCACGGUUUGACUGAACCAGGAGAUGAGACCAUAUUUGUUGAGGUACCCUGCCAUUGCAAUGAGUGCAGCAAACCAUGUAAGAGUGUCCCAAGCAACCGAUUCACCUAAGCAUUCUUUCCAUGUCACGACUCCUGUUAUAAGAAGAACAGAUAGUCCAAGAAUUGCAGCUGUAACAGCAUCAACAUUCAGCAUUCCUCCAAAUAUCCAUAGCCCAACCUAACUCCAGAAUUGUUCAGUUAGUACUAACUACAGUAUGAAUGAAUAAAUCAACGUAGUUGUAGUGACUAAUGAGUAAUCAGUUUUGCCAUACCGUAAGAAGCAAAGUGCCUGCCAUGAUGAUUUCGUUCUUUGUCAUUGGCCCCAUUUUCUCCAAUCUCUCUUUUGCAAGCUUGGGUGCAUCAGGGCUACUCUUCACAGAUGGUGGAUAGAUUAAGUAGAGAAUUAGUGGGACUACAAUCAAUGAUACCAUUCCAGGAACGAUCGCAGCUGUUGCCCAAUCGGUCCACCCGAUUGUCUGCUUUAUGGUGUUAAAAGUCAAAUUAGCACUCAGUGGAUUCGCAGCCAUCGCAGUCAAGAACAUAGAGGAGCUAAUAACCGACGUCUGGAAACAAGUCAACAUCAACCAUGAACCAAGCUUAUGCUCGGUUCCAUCGCCUACAUUACUCCCACAAGCAACGCAUAAGGACUUAACCAAGGGCAAGAAAAUUCCUCCUGCUCUAGCGGAAACUGAAGGAAUUGCUGGUGCUAACAAAGCCUCACUGAAAACCAAACUAUAUCCUAGCCCUAACGAUGAGCUACCGAAUAACGAGACAAAUUGGUAAGCAAUUCUGUUUCCUAAUCCUGUUUUGAUAAAUCCUCUGGCGAAGAAGAAGGCAAGAGCAAUUAACCAAGGGAUCGGAUCACCGAAAGCCGAAAAUGCAGCGGCAAACGUCAGUGUUUUGGUGAGAACGCACGCACCUAGUCCCAUUAACGCUACAGCACCGAGUGGGAGAGGCUGUGUGAUGAUCCCAACAAUAGUUGCGAGAAAUAUCGAAAGCAAUUGCCAUGCAUUCUUAGAAACUCCAGUAGGUACCGGAACGAACCAGAGGAUAACACCGGUGGCGAUUGAAGCAAGCAGAGGUUUCAUCGCAGCUCCUUGCCAUGGCACCGGCGCCGGAGCAGGAUCCUGUUUAGCCGGAACUACAGCAGCAGAUGCUUGUACGGAGAAAUUCAGGUUUCUCUUCGGUGAU